GAAGUACUGUUCUGUCUUCACUGCGAAGCACAGCACUCACAAGAGGUGGAAAAAAAGGAAAAGGAGUAAUAUAAGUAGUAUGUAUAUGUGUGUUCUUCGUUUUCUGUAAUCUUCUCUCUCUACUUAGUAUUAUUAUUAUUAUUAAUCUGUGUGUUUUUUGUGUUGUUUUAUCAGCCUCAUGCACCCCCUCUUUCACCCUCGCCGUUCAGGGCGGGGUGCAACCGUCAUCCUCGUCCUCUGCGCGCUGCUCUGCAGCCUUGGUGUCUUCGCCGUCACACCAAGCCAGCCAACAGGUUUGCUAAAUGAAAGCACCGCCGCGGUGCGGUCACCACCGUCGUCUCCUCUAGCACCUCCCCGCGUCACUGCACGACGGACAACGCUGGUGCGAGAGGUGGACCGGCAUGAUUGGUACCUCCUCGACGGGGACCAGCUCCUUCCCGGGCACCCGGCCGACAAUCCAGACGUCCCUCCCACGCGGAGACACGCACGGAGGCGGCAGGCAGCUCACGAUUCCGCAAUCGCAGACGCCGCCGCGAAAGCGAACGCGCCCGUCUCGGUAAUUCUCUCCGAGCCGCGUCGGCCGGCAUCCCCGCGACACCGGGAUGCUGUGCGGUCUGCGUCUCCGCCGCCACCGCAGCAGCAGCAGCAGCAGCAGAUCCCCCCACGCCUAAUUUCUGUUGUACCUGUCGAACAACCGGAUGCGGCGAUGAGGUGGGUGAAAGCGAUCCCUGCGGUGCCUGCAAAGGUGGCACCACACGCCGCAGAACAAACGGAUGACACGGCCAAGAUCGCACUGAAGUCGCUGCGCCUCGUGGUGCACGUAACAGACGACAAGAGCGAGGAGGGCAACGAGGAGGGGAGAGCAUUCCGUGAAACGCAUUCUCAUGGUCGUCGUAGCGAACCGCGUGCGCUUGACGGUGGUCGGUCUCUCCAUCAUUCUCACCCUUCUCGCCUCCUGCGUGCAGGCGGCCCCGCUCCACACCUUGGACCAUCGCCAGAUAAAACAGAGGCGGACAUUCGGUUACACACAACAGCAAAAAGUGCAGCUGCCAUCACCGCACACGCGGCGUCCAGUCCAGCGGAGGGCGUCAAGACAACACCCGCGUACACGGACGAGGAACUGAGUCUUCGCUGUGUCGUCGCUAACGGCCGCGAUGCUGACCCGGCGGUGCUGCUAGCGAUGAUGGAAGGUCGACUGCGGAAGGAUUGUUUGAUUGUGGCGGCGGAUGUUGGCAACGAUAUCCCGACGAGCGAGAGCAACGUGAAGGGCGCCAUGACGCUUGCGUUCCUCUUUGUCUCAACGCUGUUUGUCGCCUUCAACUUUAUGUUUUAG